AUGUCAUCCUUACUCCAUGGUCUAGAGGUUGCAAAGCACAACUCAAAAGAUUCAUGCUGGGUCAUUAUCAGUGGCAAAGCUUAUGACGUGACCGAUUAUUUGGAGAAACACCCUGGAGGCUCGCAGAUUAUCCUGCAAUACGGAGGCAAAGAUGCCACUGCGGUAUAUGAGCCAAUCCAUCCAGCUGGCACAAUCGAAAAGACACUUCCUCAGGACAAGCAUCUUGGUGCUGUAGAUCCUGCUACUGUUGCCACCAUCUCAUCGCCUCAAGUCAGUCGUGAUCUCGACAAGACCGCGAGAAUACCUCUGUCGCAUUGUCUCAAUCUUGAUGAUAUAGAGAAAGCGGCUGAACGCAUCACAAAUCGCGCCUCAUGGGCUUACUUCCACUCUGCCGCUGACAGUCUUGGGUCUUUGGCCAACAAUCAAAAUGACUGGAAAAAAGUCACCCUCCGACCAAGGGUGAUGCGGAAUGUUCGCCGCGUCAAUAUGCAGAGAACAAUAAUGGGCCAGAAGAGUCGUCUACCAUUCUUCAUUGCCCCAGCAGCAAGAGCUCAGUUAGUACAUGAGGAUGGAGAGUUGUGCCUUGCUCGUGGAGCAGUCAAGGCAGGGAUUCCAUACUGCCCAAGUACCUACUCCACCAUUCCCCAUAAAGAGCUGGUAGAGUGCAUGAAAGCUCACAGGGGGAAUGGCGCUGACGGUGUUCUGUUCUUCCAGUUGUACGUUCCGCAUGAGAGACCACAAGCUGUCGAGCUCAUCAAUAUGGCUCGGGACUUGGGCUUUAAAGCUCUUGUAAUCACGGUUGAUACACCUGUGGUGGGUAAGCGGGAGGAGGAUGAGCGAUACCGCGCAGAACUUGCAACGGCUUCGGGAGACGACUCAGUAUUGACGGAAUGGUCCAAACCACAAGAAGACGAAGAUGGGCCGCCUCUUCGAGGACAUCACUCUUCGACAUUGAAUUGGGAUGACCUACCCUGGAUCAGAGAAGCGUGGCAGAAUUCCGGUCCUAUUGCAAUCAAGGGAAUUCAAACAGCCGAGGAUGCAGCGCUCGCAGCUCAACAUGGUGUCGACGCCAUCUACCUCAGCAACCACGGUGGUCGGCAAUGCGAUGAUGCGCCCAGUGCGAUUCGUACCUUGCUAGAGAUCCGACGAUUUCAUCCAGAGAUUAUUGGCAAAGUCGAGAUCUACCUUGAUGGAUGGGUUCGACGAGGUGCCGAUGUCAUCAAAGCACUAUGUCUGGGAGCUACUGCAGUUGCUUUGGGCAGGCCGUUCAUGUACGGCUGUGCAAUGGGCGAUGAAGGUGUAUUGAAGGUCAUCCAGUUGCUCAGCGAAGAGAUCGAAACAACAAUGCGCAAUAUGGGAGCGACAAGCCUCGACCAGCUCAACCCUUCCUUCGUCAAUACGAAGCGCUUGGAGAUGGAGCUUCCAGACGAUCUAGACUUCAAAUUUAAUCAAGCUGCACUGAAGGCUAAACUGUGA